GAGAGAGAGAGCUUUUAAGGGAUUUGCCAGUGAUUUGUGGAAUCUCACUGCUGUAAUGUUGCACUUUUUCCCCACUUUUCCAGGAUUCUGCCAUGAUACUAUACCCGGCAGCUGCCAGCGUCAGCCUCCUCGUCGCGUCUCCGUAGAUCGCAGCCAACUGCUCUGAACCGCUGUUCCUAGUGCGCCGUGCGUGUUUUAGCAGAGCGCACGGCGGCUGUGUGAGAUGACAGAGGAUUUAGUUUGGGUGGAAAACAAAGAGCCGUGCCUCUAGGUACAUGAGCACAUUUUGCACGGUGGACGGAGGCCUGCGUGGAAAAGCUUGUGUGAUGGAUAAAAUCAAGGCUGGUCGAUGAAGCAUGGACAGGUGUCAGAGGUAGAGGGCGUGCCCUGCUGCUGUCAGUACCUCUGCUGGUCACCAUGACAAAAGAGGCCUGCUCGUCCCAUCGCUGCUGCUGGUUUGGCUCACCACCUGGGUACAGGAUAUGGUCCUGGCUACUAGGGGUUCUGCUGGUGGGAACCAUCCCAAGCUCGUUGGCACAGCAGGGCAACCAGCCUCAGUCCAUCAAGAUCGAGGGUGACAUCACCCUGGGCGGGCUGUUCCCCGUGCACUCCCGAGGGCCUGCUGGGGUGCCCUGCGGGGAGAUCAAGCGAGAGAAGGGGAUCCAUCGCCUGGAGGCCAUGCUUUACGCCUUGGACCAGAUCAACAGUGACCCCGACCUGCUGCCCAACAUUACACUGGGGGCCCGGAUCCUGGAUACUUGCUCCAGAGAUACCUACGCCCUGGAGCAGUCGCUCACGUUUGUCCAAGCCCUGAUUCAAAAGGACAACUCAGAUGUGCGCUGCUCCAACGGGGAGCCUCCCAUCAUACCCAAACCGGAGAGGGUUGUCGGGGUGAUUGGAGCAUCUGGCAGCUCGGUCUCCAUCAUGGUGGCCAACGUGCUUAGACUGUUUGCGAUUCCCCAGAUCAGCUACGCCUCCACUGCCCCAGAGCUGAGUGACAACAGCCGCUAUGAGUUCUUCUCCCGUGUGGUGCCCCCCGACUCCUACCAGGCCCAGGCCAUGGUGGACAUCGUCAAAGCGAUGGGCUGGAACUAUGUCUCCACGCUGGCCUCCGAAGGCAACUACGGGGAGAGCGGCGUCGACGCCUUCCUCCAGAUAUCCAGAGAAGCAGGGGGGUUGUGUAUUGCACAGUCCAUAAAAAUUCCCAGAGAACCCAGACCGGGAGAGUUUGAUAAAAUAAUCAAGAGGCUGAUGGAGACUUCCAACGCUCGGGGAGUCAUCAUCUUCGCCAACGAGGACGACAUCAAGCGGGUGUUGCUGGCGGCCAAAAUAGCCAACCUGACGGGCCACUUUCUGUUUGUGGGCUCCGACAGCUGGGGGGCAAAAAACUCCGCCAUCGAAGACCAGGAGGAGGUGGCGGAGGGAGCCGUCACCAUCCUCCCCAAGAGAGCCUCUAUCGAUGGGUUCGACCAGUAUUUCACCUCGAGGUCUCUGGAGAACAACAGGAGAAACAUCUGGUUCGCAGAGUUCUGGGAGGACGACUUUAAGUGCAAACUGACCCGGCCCGGCGUCAAAUACGAAGCGGGAAGGCGAAAGUGUACAGGCGAAGAGAGGAUCAGCCGGGACUCGCAGUACGAGCAGGAGGGCAAGGUGCAGUUCGUGAUCGACGCCGUGUACGCCAUGGCGCACGCGCUGCACAGCAUGCACGUGGACCUGUGUCCCGGCUCCAUGGGCGUCUGCGAGAAGAUGGACCCCGUGGAGGGACGCAUGCUCCUGCAGUACAUCCGCGCCGUCAACUUCAACGGCAGCGCAGGAACUGGGGUGAUGUUCAACGAGAAUGGAGACGCUCCUGGCCGCUACGACAUCUUCCAGUAUCAGCUCUCUAAUGUCAGCAGCCCUGGGUACAAGGUUAUCGGCCAAUGGACGAACCACCUCCGACUCAAUCCAGAAGAGAUGCAGUGGUCGGGUGGUGAGCACAGGGUCCCCGAGUCAGUGUGCAGCUUCCCCUGCGAACCCGGCGAGAGGAAGAAAAUGGUGAAGGGCGUCCCCUGCUGCUGGCACUGCGAGCUCUGCGACGGCUACCAGUACCUGCUGGACGAGUUCACCUGCGACACGUGCCCCUUCGACAUGAGGCCCCUGAAGAACCGCACCAGCUGCCGGCCCACGCCCAUCAUCAAGCUGGAGUGGAGCUCCCCAUGGGCCAUCAUCCCCGUCUUCCUGGCCAUCCUGGGCAUCCUGGCCACCACCGGCGUCAUCGUCACCUUCGUCCGCUUCAACGACACGCCCAUCGUGCGCGCGUCCGGCAGGGAGCUCAGCUACGUGCUGCUGACGGGCAUCUUCCUCAUCUACCUCAUCACCUUCCUCAUGAUCGCGGAGCCCAGCGUGGGGGUGUGCGCCUUCCGCAGGCUCCUGCUGGGCCUCGGCAUGUGCAUCAGCUACUCCGCCAUGCUCACCAAGACCAACCGGAUCUACCGGAUCUUUGAGCAGGGCAAGAAGUCGGUGACGCCUCCGAAGUUCAUCAGCCCCGCCUCUCAGCUGAUCAUCACCUUUAUUCUCAUCUCAGUGCAGCUGCUCGGUGUCUUCAUCUGGUUCGGUGUGAUGCCCCCCCACACCAUCAUUGACUACGAGGAGCAGAAGCCUCCGAACCCAGAGUUCGCCCGUGGAGUCCUCAAGUGUGACAUGUCGGACCUGUCCCUCAUGCUGUGUCUGAGCUACAGUAUCGUGCUGAUGAUCACGUGCACCGUGUACGCGAUCAAGAGCAGAGGGGUCCCCGAGACCUUCAACGAGGCCAAGCCCAUCGGCUUCACCAUGUACACCACCUGCAUCAUCUGGCUGGCCUUCGUGCCCAUCUUCUUCGGCACUGCCCAAUCGACCGAAAAGAUGUUUAUCCAGACGACCACCCUAACAGUUUCCAUGAGCCUGAGUGCCACCGUGUCCCUGGGCAUGCUCUACAUCCCCAAGGUUUAUGUCAUAAUCUUCCACCCGGAGCAGAACGUCCAGAAAAGGAAGCGCAGUUUCAAAGCAAUCGUGCAGGCGGCCACCGUGUCCACACACCUCUCGCAGAGGUCCAGCGAGAAACACAACGGGGAGUCCAAGGUGGAGGUGAACAGGUCGCAGUGAGAGGACACAAAGGGAAUGCUGCGUGUGCAUGUCACGAGCCCGCACCGAGAUGGCUGAUCCCAAACACAGAAGAAAGAAUGAAGAAACCAAAAGACAUUUCGUGGAGAUAGUUUAUUUUCAUACUUUACACCCCUCGGAACUGACACACACACACAAAGAAACUCGGGGGACCUUAUAGAUUUUCACAAGGACAAGAAAGUUUGACCAUUCUAAAUUCAGAUGAAUUGUAAAUGCUCUUUUUGUAACAACACACACACUCAAAUACUCACAUUGACAAGUUGUUCUUCCCUACAGGACGAUGUACAUGUGUGUGUGGAUUUGUUCCAAACCCACUGCAUGAAUAGUAAUUUACAUGUAAAUGCAUUUUUUUAAAAAAACUGUUUGCAUGGGGUGUUUGUGACUUUUUCCCAACAGUACAUAAAGGAGGAAGUUUUCAACAAGGCACGACCAUGUUGUGUUACUGAUUCUAAUUAACUCCUGAAGAUGUGAUGGAUCACUGAACUAUAUCCACCGACAGUACGAUCAUUCAACAUGGCAUUACUAUAGAAGCUGGUUCAGUUGUCAGAGCGGUUGUUACAUCAACACAGGAUGUGCAAAGGGUGUUCAUUUCUUUUUGACUUGUGACUUUCUGCACAUUAGAAAUAAGAAUUAGCAUUUCUCUAAUGUUUGUCAAAAAUAGCUGGAAUGGGUUUUGUAUAGCACCACGUCAAAAUUACAGGUAGGUUCACCAUGUCAGAAAGCGCCAUGCGUCAUUUAGUAGGAGGCAACACUUCCCCAUUUGCAGUGUACUUCUUAUUACAUGAUCAGUGUGCAACUCAGGUUCUACUAUUCUGACUAAUGUUGUUCUUGGGAAUUCCUUUCUGUACUGGCUCAGCUUUUUCAUUAUAAAUUAAUUCAGCUGUUACUGUGCCGUCUACUUUAUGUUUUUCUGGCAUUGCGGGGUAGCUGUCUGUAGGUUGUAUACUGCCCUCUGCAGGACAGCACAUCUCAGUGAACUCAAGUCUAAGCAUGAUCAAGAGGACAUUGUUUGUAGACCCCACGCGUUUCCAAAUAAAAAAAAAAUUGUUUAUUA